CGGCGCGCGGGCCGUACGGAACGGGCCCGGGCGCGGAGGGGCCGCGGCGGCGCGGGCCGAGCGCAGGAGCCGCCCGAGUCCCUCUGGCGCCGGCCCGCGGCUGGCCCGCCGGGGCAGCGCCUCCGGGCCGAGCGGGGCCGAGCGGGGCCGAGGCGUCACACGUGCGGGCCGUGCUCGUGGGCGCGUCCCGGCGCUGCUCCCGCCGCUUUGCAGCUCCUGCCCGCGGACUGCAGCCGCCUGGAAGGUUCUGCUCGGAGGAAAAGGAGGUGCUCAAAGUGCUUAAUUGUUUCCGCUGCAUCAGGGAUGUGGUAGACAGGUGAAAACAAUGGAGGAUGACUUUGGGGCUUCCUCCGCAUCCCAAUUCUUCACUGAAAGCCUGGAGCUGGCGAUGGAAGUGGAGCAUGAGAUCUCAAGGCCGUCUUUCUUUUCUUGUGCUUUUGACAGCCAGAAUGGAGGGAGAAGGUUCUCUGCAGAGUCUUAUUUAGCAAGUGGGUCUCUUAAGAGGGUUUUGCUGAGACUAGAUCCUUCUCCAAAUGACUAUGAAGAAAAUACAGUGGAAUUGUUUGGCUUUCAGUGGGUUACUGAAAUGGCAUUAGUUGAAUCCUGUGGAUUUCUCUUUGGAUUACUUAGGCAACAGAUCUACAGACUGGAAAACCUAGUGCAAAUGAGUUCAUCUGAUUUUGGUCAAGCUGCACACUUGCACUCUGAAGCAGAGAGCAUCAGGCAUCAAUGUCUUAGGUUUUUGCACUAUGUGAAAGUUUUCAUCUUCAGGUAUCUGGAACCCCCUAAGGUAGAAAAUGAUGGAGUGCUGCAGCCUUAUGAAGAACUAGAAGCUCAGUUACCGUCAGUGUUGGUGGAAGAGCUUCAUGCUUUGACUGUGCACAUUGGUCACCUUUGUGAACUUCCUAGUAAUGUCCUGGCAGCAUUUACUAUUCAAAAUCAGGCAAAGGUUUUUCCUCCAUCAUGGCACUUACUACAUCUCCAUUUGGAUAUUAACUGGCUAGUAUUAGAAGUUCUUCAUGUACUAAGUGAAAAACUGAAGAGACAAGUUGUAUAUGCUAACCAUUUCAUUAAUCUAACUGGAGAGAAUCUAACCAAUACCAGUUUAUUUGAAAAACACUGUGGAAAUCUCAUAUCUGAUUUAAUAACGUUGGCCAUCAACAAAUAUACAAAGGUGCGACCUUCUGAGGCUCUUACCAGUAGCCAUUGUUCCUGUCCCUGCAUUAAAGAACUAUGGAUUCUACUUAUUCAGUUGCUGGACCACAGAAAUAAAGGGUUUAAUACAGAGUGUUUCUGGAGCUUGGUGAAUACAACCCUAAAGAAUAUCUUUGAACGGCCAAGUACUUCUGAAAGUGUGUCUGGGUUUGACACAGUUCAAUGUAAAGACCCACUGAGUUUUAGCUGGUGGAUGAUGAGUCAUCUGGCACCACUCUACCAGUUUGACCGUAAUGGAAAUCUAGAUGAAAAGAAACAGAAGGAAUCCAAUUGGAAAUUUGUGGAGGAACUCCUUAAAAAAUCCACUGAUACUCAAACUGGUGUGUUGGAGGAACACUUACGAAUGCAUCUUCAGUGCUGUUUGACUUUGUGUAGUUUCUGGGAUUUGAACCUAUCUGUUGUCACCAUACUCUGGGAUUAUUACAGCAAGAAUCUGAACAGCUGCUUUACCGUUCCUUGGCUUGGUCUGAAGGAUCUGGCAAAUAUUAGUAAGACUUCUUUGUCAAUGCUUGAGCUGGUGAAACGCUGCUGCUGUGAACAGCAGGUCCCUUCUCUGUACAACUCCAGCAACAGUUACUUCAUUUUCCUCAGCAUUUUGGCACGGAUUAUGAAAGAAGAAAACAAUGGUGUGCAUCCUUGGAAACAAAUUAAAGGACGAAUUUAUUCCAAGUUCCAUCGAAAAAGAAUGCAGGAGCUGACGGAAGUGGGGCUGCAGAACUUUUUUAGCCUGUUCCUCGUGCUGGCAGUUAUUGUGGAGACAGAAGAUAUAGUGAGUCGGGUGUUGGAUCUGCUGGAUUUCCUGACUCCGUCCUCCAUUACCACAGCUCGGAGAGCUCUUAUCUGGAGAGGUCAUUUUGCUUUCCUUUUAAUUUAUGUUGAGAAGAAUAUGGACAUUAGUGCCCUGGCCGAGAAAAUCGCAAAUGCUUUCCGUGAGAAGGCAAAGGAGUUUUUAGUAACCAAAAAUGACUACACACAGAGACAAAAUCUCUGGACUCUGCUAUCAACCUACAUUGAUGGUGUCCAGGAAGUGUUUGAAACCAGCUGCUACUUGAGCCUUUCUGAGGAAAAGUUGCUAAAUGAUGGCUUUACUAUGCUGCUGCCUGCAUGUCGAGGAGCUGAGCUGAGCAUGGUCCUGAAUUUUCUUCAGGUUGUUCUAGCCAGACUUCGGAGCGUGCACGAACGUGUAAGCCAGGGACCUCAACUGGGAAACACAGCCCCAGAUACACAGCUUCCAUUAGUGGCUAAAGAGCACCACCUUGCUGUCGCCAGUGCUCUCUGGAGAAAUUUCUUUCCCUACUUGAAGAGCCAGAGAAUGUCACAGACGCCGCCUUCCCCACAGCUUGCUGAUACAGCUGCAGGUUUUACUCUCUUAGCUUUGGAUAUACCCAGCAAAGCCCUGUCAGAUCUGCAGCCACAGCCUGUUCUGUCAAUGAUGCGGCUGUUUGGAUGGGAUGACAUGGUGUGGCCUCAGCUGGUGUCAAGAUAUUUAAGUCAUCUAAUUGAAAACAGUUCACUGUGUGAAGCUUUUUCUAGCAUGGGCUAUACAUCCUACGAAGCUUUGACAGUACGUUCAUGGUUUCGCUGUGUUUUACAAAUGUUCCUCGAUCAACCAAGUGGCGCCUUGGCCAAGACAGAUGCUGAGAGAACAGUUGGAAAAGCCUACAUGGAGCAGCUGACAGAAAUUACAAGACUGAUUUUUAAACUCUCUGAAGUAGAAAACAUUCUUUUGAAGGCUAAUAUUGGACAGUCAGUUUUCAAGCAAGACCCGAAAAAUUCUCUUGUCCAGUUCAUUAAGGCUGUUGGUAGAACUUACAGUGGUCUUCAGACACUCCCUGAGAAAUCUGCCAUGGUAGCAAAGACUCUGGAGUAUUUGGGUGAUGUGUUAAAGUACGUAAAACCCUAUCUGAAGGCAAAAGGACCUCCAGAAGGUCUGCAGCUUACAUACUGGAUCAUAGGAUGUCUGGUAAAGUUCUGUGCACCAAUACUGGCUACUUCCAAGGCACAGCAACUCCUGUUUCGCAUUGUGGAUUGCUUGCUGCUGCCACACUCUGUGCUCCAGCAGGACAAGGAGCUGCCUGUGGCUUUGCUGUCUGCCAUUGAGGAAAGCCUGCCUCUUUAUCUCCAGGUGAUUUACAGAUAUACAGAUAAAUCAGAAGAGGCAGCUCUGGCCACAAAAGGUUCCUGCAGUGAACACACACAGGAAUCCGUUGCCUUUCUGCUGAAAUGAAGAGCAGAUGAUGUCAUGCUUCUCUGCUCCCCUUAAAAUGUCUUUUUUUUUUCUUUUUUUUUUAAAUCUUAACCUCAGAAGAUGGUUGAGGAGCAUAGUUAAAGAAAAGAAAGCAACCCUAUCAACCCUUUAAAGUCCAUCUGCUUUGUAGGGAUUGUCCUGGGGGUCUGAUGGGAUUGAUUUCAAUUCUCUGGUCCAGAAUUGCAGUCCAGUUCACAUGUGUUUCUUUUUUCUCUAAUUUGAAUGAUAGCUUCCUUCAUCUUGCUUAAUUACUGGUGGGAUUUAAAAGAAGACAUUUCUGUGAGAUUACCUUGCAAUCACAUCCUUGGCCAGCACUACCUAAGAUGUUUUGCCAUUGUAGCUCGAGAUUUGCACCUGCUGUGCAGUGUUGGUAAUUCAUGCCUUGUGCCACUUGGGAUAGGGUGUUGUCAGACCUUAUGGAGGUCUGUUGGUGUCUGCACUAUGUAAAGAAAAUGAGGAGUCCAAAAUAAAGAACACAGUUUUGACCUGAAGUCAGUAGGUCUUUUGUCCAAGAGAGAAAUCCAAGUUCUUUUCUAAUUUUUUUGGGAUGCAGUUUCCAAAUCAAUAUAUUUCAGCCCAAAAAAACAAAAAUGCUUUUAUGAAGGAUCAGGCUAGGCUUGUUGGUUCACUUUGAAAUGAAAUUAUUAGACCUGCAAAAAUUAGUCAGCAUUCCCUCAGAUAUCUAAAUUCUAAUAUUCUUUUUGUUUUAUUGCAACCAUUUAAUAAGUCUAGGAUCAUUCUUAAAAACAGUAACUCUUACUAGUUAAUAACUGAUGUCUUCUUGAUACUGUGUAUCAUUUGUUGAUCCUCAGUUGGAAUAACUGUCUCCUUUUAGCAACUGUCAUUGUUAGUUCUUCAGAGGUGCUGCCUUCAUGUAUUCCUGCAGGUAGCCUCUAAGGUUGUGAUGUUCUUUGUGUCCCUUUUAUUCAAUAAAUUAAUACACUUUGUCAUGGAUGUCUGGGUUCUUUUAGUGUUAAAACACUAAGGCCAGUUUUGGUAUUUGGAUUAUGGGUUAUGGAAUACAUUCCGUCUUUUUGUAUGAGCUUUACUACAGAAAGCACAGGCAACUCUUCUUUAUGCCUACUGCAGUAUCUUACUGAAAACAUCAAACACUUAAGUUUACACACUAAAUAGUCUAUAAUCUCUAAUAGUCUCUGAGUCUGCUACUUGCCAAGAAGCAGCAGACUUCCUUUUUUAAGAAUUCUGAUACAGCAGCAGCAGGUUUUUCCUGCAAUAAUAUACUCAUUGUACACUAAAGGAGGGGAAAAUCUGAAGUUUUACUCAAAGCCUCAGUUCAGAAAGUGUGGUUUUUAUCAUUGAGACUUGCCACAAUUCUCAAGGAACCCUAAAAGUAUGGGAGGUAAAACCCUUAAGCGAAGUCUGCAUUUAAGAGAGCCACCAAGUCUUCAGGCACCACAUUUCUUGAAAUCUCAUGUUUCCUGUGGAACCAGAAGUGGGAACUCAGCAUUUCAAGACCCUCAGCUAUGCCUCAGCCUGCUUUUUUAUUUUUAUUUUAUUUUAUUAAUUUUUUUCCCUGAAUGUUCUGUCAUGUUCACACAGACAGAUAUAGAUGAAAAUGUUUUUGGGGAGUCAAAAAAUGGGGUUUUUUUGACUUCUAUACAAAAAGCAGCAGAAAUACACUUUUUCCAUAGCUGAGGAACAAAACGAGCUUGGCUUGAUCUGUUCAUUCCUAUAUUAGGGGCAUUAGUUUACCUCAGCAACCAUAAAUAUUCAGACAGAUACUCCUCCUAUCAAAACUGGAGUCUGGAUUGCAAUGCUAAUGGAAAUUUGAAGUACUGUUGAAAUUGCUGUCUAGGGAGCUCUGUGCUUGACCUUGUUUUACACCAUUAUUCUUGUUGGACAAAACUAUUGUGAAAACUGAGUUCUCAAGAGGCUUCUGUUUGUGCUGCUGACUGUGACCCUUGAGAUAGGAGAUCACGGGACCUUUUUAUUUUUUUCUUAGUGAUUUGUUCUUCUUGCUCUCAGUAAUUGGAGGAGGGGGAAGGAAACAAGAUCUUAACUUUCUCUUAUGGGAACCCAUUCCAGUAAGAAUGCUACUCUUUUUUUCAGGGAUAGACCAGAUAUAUAUGUUCUAUAACUACAGGUAGAGUUCAGAUAAGCACUUUCUGGGCAAGUAUUUUCAUUAUAGAUUUUUCUCUGGAUCAAUAUAGCUUAUAUUGGAUAAAUCACAGCAGUUUUAGCCUUAUCUUAAACAGAGUUUAAAACCUCCUCUAAAUCCCUUAUAAAUGGUGCCUAAUUUACCCUAAUUUGUUCCUACUAUGAGCAAAUCAUUUCUUGUUGGAGCUCAAUUCUAAGUGCUCAUUUUUCUGCUGUAUCAUUUAUACAAUAAUUUCAAAAAAUUCACACAGUCCUUUAUGAGUAGAUGAGGUAUUUAUUCUUUCUGUCCCAUCUUAAAUCUUACCUGAUUAACAUACUUUGUUAGAUCAUGUGCAGGAUUUAAAACAGAAAUGAGAAGCUUUUGGGCACAGAAGCUUUUUCAGGUCUGAAAUGCCACAAUUUUAUUUUGGAUUUGAAGGGGAGCUUGCAUGUCCCAAAGCUUAUCUUCCAAUGUAUUAGUGUAGUGAAAGAUUUUUCUCUCCUUUGCAAGCCUUGCCUGCCUCUGUCUUCAUUUGCAGAUCAUCAUGUCUGCAGCAAAUCAGCAGUGCUUGUUUGUCAGGCAUAGUUACUGUGUGCAGCAGUUUACACAGCAUGCAGUGAGUGUUUAGCAUACAGUUGUUAAAGAUUUAUUCAACUGUAUUGGUAAAAAUUAUUUAAUUCCUC